AUGGAAGUCGAGGUGAGUUGAAAGAGCGACCUUCGGUAUCGAGGUGUUCGGUAUCGAGGUGCGCUAGAAUUUGGCCCCAUUUUUUGUGGCUUUGUUCGAUGACAAUACGAUCAGUAAUCACUUCUGUAGAUUUUUUUGAAGGUUAUGCCGAGAGGAUGGAAUUACGAAAAGCAAAUUGUUUCAAACGUCAUGCAUAGGCUAUAUACCCUGUAGAUGUAACAAAACGCGACACUUUCAAGUGGAAAGUUAUUGUACACGGCGAACAACUUGAUAGUUGACGAAAGUUGAUAGGAUUACUGUAACAUAGAGGAACUGCAUGAUGAUAAGAAAACAUCGUGGUUAUCAGAUGUUCUUCCACACUCUUAAUGGAUUGUUAUUGCAAAUUUUAAUUAAAUUCUCCAUCCGAUACGCAGAUUUAUUUAGGUUCCAUAACAGAUUUUGAAAUGUGGGCCAAGGCGAGCAAGACUCGGAAUAGCUGGUCUAAGUAGGUUAUUAGGCACGUAGAGAUGAAUGGUUUAACUAAUGUCUAGAACGCUGGUUUUUUGAAAAUGUAAUUCACGACUGAACCAAGUCAUACAAAACCCGUAUUUUUCUAUGGUAUCUUCAACAAUGUUUAUAGAAUUUUGUUUUAUCACCAUAAUGUAAAAUAACUAGUGCUUUUGAACAACGGCCUGCACAUGGUAUAACACAACGUUUCUAAGGUUGAAGUCUUUUUUUCAAGGCGCAACCAUCAACUUCUACGUGUUUAGUCAUGUAUUUGGGCAAUCGAUUUAUUGCCUUGUUCGUCUUGGUGCACCUUUCAAACUCUGUUUAUUGCUCAUGAGGACCAAUGAAACCCAAAUACGUAUAAAAAGAGAUCGCUUCCCGGCUGACGGUAUAGUGCAUCUGAGGCAGAGUUAACCUGUAAGGCGUUUCAUUAUUGUGUUCGAACAGAACGUUGUGGACAUGUACAUUUUCAAAAAAUGUUUUUUGUCAUAAGUCGGUCAUGAUGGCAUAAAAACUAUACAAAAACGAUUACUGGCCGUGCUAGCAUCGAACGAAGCCAUAAAAACAUGAAAUCAAAUUCUAGGACGAUGCCUUGUUUAGGGUUGCUUCAGAAACUCGCAAAGUCUCUUUUAAUUACGUUCAUAAAAACCGAAAAGGUCUUAAAAUGUGCAUCUUUUUAAUCAUUUUGCUUCUACAUUGUUAGAAAUUGUUGGAUGGAUUAAUCAGGGCUCCAUUUAUAAAGUAAAGUUGUCUAUAAGUCAAAGAGAUUGGCCGGUCCCCAGAGAUCUAUACAUUCAUCUUUUUUUAGGUGGUGGAGAAUGUCUCGCCCAUCUCCGACGCCGCCAAGAUGUUGCAUGAUAUGGAUGUUCCACCAUUAUUGCGUCGAAAUUACAUCAAAACGGGUUAUCGACCAUUGAACCGAGAGUUACAGUACUAUGUGAAAUCAGCUUUCAGUUGGCACAAUGAAGUGGUAGGUAAACGCAAAUAAAAACACAUACAGAUUAACAUCUGGACACAUGCCAUUCCAUUGAUCCUUUUGUAUUUGUUCUACAUUCUGCCGGAACUUACGUAUGAUCGUCCACGAGCUACCGUACUCUUUACUUACUUUGGAGUCGCUUCAGUAUUUUUCUGUUCGGCGAUGACCCAUCUUAUGGUUGGUCGCUUUUUUCUUUUUAUAAGCAUUAUUUUGCAGCACAGUAGAUCUCCUUUGGAUCAUAUUUUCUGGCUUUUGGUGGACUUUUCUGGGAUUGGUGUCUUCUCCUUGGCGAUUGGAGUUCAACGAUUUCUCUCAAGGCCCUACAAUUCUAUGCUGUUCACAACUGUAAGUGAUCUUUAGGACAUUUCAGAUUAACUGUAACAUCCAUAGUUCUACAUUCCCACUUUGACCGGCGUCGUCCUUUUGCAAUAUCUAACCACCUCUGGCUUCUUCGUUCUCCGUCCUCUUUGGAAGACACGACAUACGAUACGUAUUGUGUGUUGCGCAAUCGUCGUAUUCUGGAUUUACAUUCCGCUUCUAGGGCGAUACUGGGAAGGACACGAAGACAUGACCGUCCAUACCCGAGCACUCCAAUGGUUGGUACUCUCCGGGAUCUUUAUGGGUGCCCAUUUCCCCGAAUGCUGUGCUCCUGGAUGUUUUGAUCUCGUUGGAUAUGGCCAUCAAGUGAGUCAAGGAUCUCUGACUAAUCGUGUUCAGCUGUUCCACAUCUGCAUUAUGCUUGUGACUUGGUGUCUCUGCGAGUCCGCCCACAAGGAUUGCGUACGCAGAACCACCGGAGAAUUAGGAAUCUGGGGAGAUUCCCUGACCAAGCCUUUGAUUGGGGUCAUGAUAUUGGCCUGCUUGACUUGUGCAAUUACUACAAUCGCUCUUGUCUAUCAAGCCAAGUCUCAGAUCAAAGAACACAUGAACUCUCAAAGAUCCAGGGCUUCGAAAAUAGAGAAAACCAAGUAA